ACGGGCAGCGGGAGCCGAGUGGGCGUGCGAGGUCUCGGGUGGAGUAGCUUCCCCGUGUCUCCGCCUCCACGACCCCAACCUCGGCUCGGAGCGGGGGUGGGCUCCUCGCCCCCUCCCUGCCCGCCCGGGCUCCACCGUGGCCCAGGUCCAAGUUGAAGGGCGGCAAUCGAAGGAGCCGGGCCUAAGUUAGGGGAGGCGUGUGCGGGGCAGCCAGCCUCGCCCUCCCAGCAUGGAGUGGACUCUGUGGUUCUGGCUUGGGGGAGCUGGUGAGUUGGAGGAAGGCUGCCUUGGGGACGUGAACCCUGCCUGCCUUGGAGGCCACGGGGUUUGCCAGCAGGGGAGGCAGUGAGUGUAUGGUGGUGGGGAAAGGCAGCAGCCCCGUGCCGCAGGCGAGAGUACAAGUCCUAGCCAUGGCCACUUAACUGGCAGUGGGACCUUAGUGAGAUUGCCCUUGUGGCGGGGGGCCUCUCAGUGAGGAAGCUGGAUAAAUGAUGUCUAAGAUUCCUUCCUGGUCUGACGUUCUGUGAUUCCAUAGGAAUCCCAUAGGAGACUGGUCCCAGUAGGGAGCAUGGGGGUAUAGUGCUAACUUUUGAAGGUAUACUUUGUGGCUUCACUCCCCUCCGUCAGAUGUUCUAAAAGCACACUUGGGAAGGAGGUGUAGGGGCUCCCUGGUAUUGAAUCACUGCUUUACACAUGGUGAGUUUCCUUUCCUGAUCCAGCCACCUUCCACAUUUCCAUGGACCCUUCUCCAGUGCUGGUCUCUCUAGGGUCAGAUGUGCUCCUGCAAUGCAUUUUCCCUGCAGUGGGUAAGGACAUGCCAACUCCCACUGUGUCCUGGCACCAUGGCCAGUGGCGUCUGGCAGAAUAUGAUGGGAUCUUGGUGACCCAGCGUCCAGGCACAGAGCUACCAGAAAGUGCAGAGGGCCUUCGGAAGGGCAAUGCUUCCCUUCUGCUCCAUCGUGUGGCUAUGGCAGAUCUGGGCUCUUACUACUGUACUGUGACAGUUGGGAAACAGCAGGCAGAAGCUGGAGUCCUUCUGGAGAUUUCAGGUUCCGACCUGCAGAUCUACACAGAGCCCUCCUCUUCGGUGACUAUGGGUUCUUCAGCACUGCUCAAAUGUCGCUUCAGCAUAGGGGAUGUGAUUCAAUUGAGUUCACUCACAAUACGUUGGUAUGCCCCAGGGGGACAAAUUGUAGCCCAAUUUCCACCAAAGGAGGAGGAGGAGGAAGAUGUGGGUAAAGGGUCUGGGGGGCUAACAACCUUAGGCUCUUUUUCUGAGGCAGAGCUGCUUUUGGGCAAUGCCUCCCUGACAAUACUCAGAGCACAGCCUAAGGAUGCAGGACUCUACAGCUGCAGUGUGGGAUAUGGAGGUGAGGAACGGCACAGUGAGAGCCUCUUCAGUGUCACUGCUGCCCCCCACAUCUCCUUGCUUCCAGUCCAAGUCUCUCUAGGAGAGAAGACCACCUUGCUGUGCCAGAUCAAAGGUUUCUACCCUGCAGGGGGCCUUCAGGCCUGGUGGCUACGGAAUGGGCAGAAGCUACCAGAGGCCAUCCCUAUGGGAUCCCCCACACAAAACCCUGAUGGCACAUUUGAUUUGGAGCUGAUCUUAAAUUUGACCCUGGAGUCCCAUGACCUAGAAGCCAACUUUACCUGUCAUGUGACUCACCCUGCUCUGGAACAUCCCCUGCAACAGAUAUUAGAGAUGGAGGUCAAAGAAGAAAAGUGGUGGGAAGAUGUUCAGAGCAACACUAGGCCAUCACUUAGCAGCAUCCUGAUCACCACCUUGGGUAUUACUGUUCUAGGUUUUGCCAUCAUCUACAGCUUGAGGAGGAACAGAGGCCUAGUGGAAGAAGAGCAGGAGCAGGGAGAGUUCCGGACAGCGGCAGAUGGAGAGGACAGGAAGCAACCUCAAGAAAAAUCUGACUUCCAGUCCCCUGGAAGAAACUGGGAGGUGGAAAAAUUGUUACCAAGGGAGCAUACUGAGUCUGAGGAAGAGAUCCUUCAGGGAAACAGAAAAGCUGGAUUCCUACAAGGCUAUAGAAAGACUGUGGGGGUGAUGGAAGUGAGGUAUGCCAGGAUAGAGAGAGAAAUCACGGUAGAAUGUAGAAAGACUGAGGAUAAGAUCCUUGUAUUAGAGGGUGGUAGGGAGGGCCAGGUCCUGGUGGAGACAGGUGAAAGUAAGGAACAGAACCUAGAAGGAUAUGGAGAGAGUGAGAGACAGGUUCUGGAAGAAGUUGAAGUGUCUACUGAGACACAAUUUCAGGAGGCAGAUGCAAUAAGAACUGAAGGACAGAUCGUGAAAGGUAAUGGAGAGACAGAGGAUCACAAGAGAGAUAAAGAAGCCACUGGAGGACAGACCCAGGGAGGGGAUGCUGAAGGACAGACUCGGGGAGGGGAUGCUGAAGGACAGACCCAGGGAGGGGAUGCUGAAGGACAGACCCAGGGAGGGGAUGCUGAAGGACAGACCCAGGGAGGGGAUGCUGAAGGACAGACCCAGGGAGGGGAUGCUGAAGGACAGACUCGGGGAAGGGAUGCUGAAGGACAGACCCAGGGAGGGGAUGCUGAAGGACAGACCCGGGGAGGGGAUGCUGAAGGACAGACCCAGGGAGGGGAUGCUGAAGGACAGACCCAGGGAGGGGAUGCUGAAGGACAGACCCAGGGAGGGGAUGCUAAAGCACAAGUCCAUAGAGGGGAUGAAGAGGCCACUGAAGGACAUGUCUCUAAAGAAGUUGGGGGAAAUGAAAUAAGACCCAUAGGAGGGGAGGGAGAAGCCAUGGAGCAAAUCCCAAGUGGAUAUGAAGGGAUAGAGGGAUGGGCCUCAAGUGGAAAGAUAGAUACCCAGCCACUGAGGACAAAUGAGGAUGUUUCAGAACAGUCCCCAGGGGCAGUUGGAGACAUAGGUUCUUCCCCAAGACGAAGACAUCAUCUAGCCCCAGCGACAGAUGGAGAGGUCGGGGGUGGGGGUGGGGGGCAGAAAGUAAGCAGGCAGAAAUAGUCAAGGGAAGAAUAUGAAGAAAAGUUCAGCCCCUGUGCCUCCUGACUUUGUGACCAUAAGUUCCAGAUAAAUUGAUCUGAAUGGCUGUCUUUCAUCUCUUAAGGUUUUGGUGAUAUUAACAGAGCAGCUUAUUUGGGAGUAGAGGUAGCAUGGGGGAGACAUGUCAGUUUGGGUUUUAGAACAGAAUGGGUAGAAUUCCUGAUAGUGUGCUCUCACUCUUAACACUUCCUGGAGGAAGAAAAAAAAUGAGAGAACAUGUUGUAAAGGAUUCACCCAGUGGAGCCAGUAGGGCAGGGAAGCCAGUGCAUCCUUUGAGAAAGGGGUGGAAGGCUAUGCAAAAAAAAAAAGUAAGUUGGAAUUGAAAUUAUAGAACCCUGGCACAUAGGUUGCAGGGAAAGGUAUCAUGGAGAAAAGUUAAAAUACUUUUCAAGUGACUUUAUGUAGCCGGCCAGAGAUUGAGGGAUUUGGGGACUGAAUUUAAUUAUUGAAAGAUAACCUUAGGAAGUGUCCCCAGUUUGUGGUAAUUCAGUACACAGUAAUUAACACUUAAGUUUUUGACCCUGGCCACUCUUAUUUAUAUCACCUGAUGUUAAGGAGAUGGUUCCAUUACUUUACAUGAAUUUGAGGUUCAUUCUAGCACUCACCUGCCUAAUUGCUUCAGAUACACGUUUAUAACUUGGUAUGAGUGGUGGGGUUUUGCCAAACAAUCUGUCCCAUAUGUCAUUUCCACAAGUUUAAAACUGUUCACCUGAUUUAUCCAUGGGUGCUCAGUAAGUAUAAUGAGAGUGAUUUACCUCACCAUCUUUCCUGGGGCUCUGUCUGAUGUUCCAUUCAUGCCGUUCAUGAAAUGCACAUUCAAGAAAUGUUUGUUGACUAGAAUGAAGUAUGAGUGGAGAAGAACCAGCUUAGAGGCCAUACUUUCCUAACAGGUGAGUGGAAAGGGACUUCAGAGGCCAUACCCCAACAACUUGUCUUACAGAUUGUCAUCCAGUAUUUGUGUGAUGACAUCAAAAGAGGAAGAGUCCACUACCUCCUGAGGCAGACAGAUCAUUUCACAAGCUCUCAUGAGCUUGUCAGGAAAGUUUUCUUACAUCAGGUAUAAAUCUGCUUCUGCACCUUCCUUCCACUGCUUUUAGUACUGUCCAGUCCUUGCAUAUGAUCCCCAUCCCAUCGGGGUACUUCAGAACAGGUCAUGUCCACCUGUCUUCUCAUGAUUGGCUCUUUCAGCCAGUCUGCAUAGCAUGAUCUUAAGAUGAAUGUCCAGACAUGAACACAAUACUCCAGAUGUCCUGCCCCUGCCUAUUCCUGGGUACUCAGCCUCUCACUACACCUUCAGAGAUCAUUAGAUUUUUGUUUGUUUGCCAUAUCCCACUGUUGAUCCAUAUUGAGCUUGCAAUUUACUAAAGCACCUAGAUCUUUUUCAGAACAAUUGCUGUCUAGCUCUGCUUUCUCUGUUUUGCAGUUGAUAUUUUUAACCCAAGUAUGAAGCUUUAUAUUUAUCCCUGUUAAAUUUCAUAUGACCUUUUUUGCAUUGUAGACCCAGACCCCAUUGGCAUUCUGGUGAAUCCUAUGUAUUGACCCCUCAGAAUAAUGUUUUUAAAUGCGUAAAACAAAACACAUAAGAUUACAAAGGAAACCAAUUAAAGUACAUUUAUUAAAAUUUUUUUAAAUUCACAAAACCCAAUAGUUAAGAAUUACUGUAUCAUAUUUAACCCAGUAUUCUAACCUAAGAUUUUUUUUUUGGAUCUUGAGCCCUAGAAGAUGAGCCCACUUUGUCAUAUACAAAUUCAGUAAGCAUGCUAUCUAUUCGUUUAUCCAGAUCAUCGAUAAAAAUAUUAAACAGCACAGCUCUGUGGGACACUUGAUUAGACCUUUCAAGGUAACACUGAAAUAUUAAUGGCUACUCUUUGGGUGUAGUUAUUCAACUAGUCCUGAAUCCACCCAGCUAAAUAUCAUCUACUCGUAUUUCCUUGCCAUGUCUGCAAGAAUACCACAGUUUACAUUUUCAAAUAUUUUGCCAAAAUCAGGUAAACUACGUGCAUGAUAUACCGCUUAUCUUUACAAGUCUAAUUAUGCCAUCAGAAAAAUGUUUAAUUUAGUAUUACUUGUUCUCAACGACACCAUGCUGAUAUUUGUGAAUUGUUGUUUUCUAGACAUUUACCAACUAUUCCUUUGAUAAUGUUAUAGAUUUUGCCAGGAAUUAAAACAUAAUUCAUUGGCCUCGGUUUUCAGAUUUCCACUCUAUUCCCUUUGUUCAAUGCCUGGAUAUCUGCCCAUCUCCAGUCUUGUAGCACCUCUGCCAGUCACAUUGCCUGGUCCUCACUCUCCUCAUCUGUAUGUGUGUGUGGAGUGGGGGUGAACUUGAUGGGUGCUGGUGUGCACCCCAUCAAACUUAGAUGACCUUUAAAGUGUCUUCCAGUUCUAAACCGAUUAACCUAAAAUAUCUAAUUUCAAAUUGUUUAGGGAAAUCUGAAUGGAGAUUUGUGACCGAAUUGGCGGUUUGCCCUAGGCUCCUAAAUGUUUCCAGUUCCCUUAUCUCUGGAUGUGACUGUUGCCUUCAUAUGUAACUAUCUGGAGAAGACACAUUUGUGAAUAUCUAUAUUGUUGCCUUCUUUGCUGAGAUCACUCUCCCUUCUACCUUUCAAGGUUAGGACACUUAGAAAUAUAUGAGUUGAAGUUGUAAAACACUUUGUAAACCUUAGUUAUUACCCCACUACCUUAAACCCUUUGGAAGAAAAAUGCUAAAAGCUGUGUACAUAAAUACUUCUUUGUAAGCAA